GAGGAAGUUGUUCGCAAACAGCGCGUUUUAGUUGUGUACAUGCGUAUCGAGCAGGUCACAAGCGCUUCUCUUUUGCUGUAAAGCAAAUAAAGUCGCCAUUGUAGCUGCUGUUGAAGGUCCACCAUGGAGAAAGAAACCCCCGCUAAAAAGGCUGCAGCCCCUUCUGUGUCGCAGAUCAACGCAGAUUAUGUCACUCAGUUGGCCAAUAAAUACUGGGCUCCCCAUGCAAAGAAUAAACUACCAUUUGACCCCAAGGUGAUGGAAGAUGUUUAUAAAAAUGAAAUUCUCGAGGCCAAAUUUUCCAUCAGAAAAAUCAUGCUGCUUGAGUUCAGCCAGUACCUUGAGAACUACCUGUGGGUGAACUACACUCCAGAGGGAUCCAGCAACGCUUUCCUCAUGUCCAUUUGUUGCAUUGUCAAUGAGAAAUUCAGAGAGAAUGUCCCAGCUUGGGAGGUAUUCAAGAAGGAACCCAGCCACUUCCCUUUCUUUUUCAAGUGUGUGAUGGAAGCUGUUUUGGCAGGUGAGGAAGCUGGCCUCACGCUGAAGGAACAAACUGUGCUGCUGGUCUUUCUGGACCACUGCUUCAACAGUUUGGAGGUAGAUUUGAUCAGAGAGCAGGUGCAGCAGCUCAUCUCUCUACCCAUGUGGCUGUGCCUCUUACCAUCCAGACUUCAACAUGAGCUGAAGAAAGUUCCAAAGUUGCAGAAAUUCUGGAAUCUAAUAAAGAAGAAGUUUGAAAAAAUGGAUGCUGAUGCAGCUGAGCAGGCAAAAAAAGAAAGGACAUUUCUCUCGGCUCUCAUUAAAAAAUUCCUUGGUGUUCUUGCCUCAAUUCCACCAUCAGGGCCUGUAUCCAUGGACAAAGUACAUUAUUGUGAGCGAUUCAUUGAACUCAUGAUUGACUUAGAGGCCCUGCUUCCCACCAGACGUUGGUUUAAUACAGUGAUGGAUGACUCUCAUUUGGUGGUAAGAUGCCAUCUGUCCAGCCUCACCCAGAGAGAGAAGGAGGGACACCUCUUCUGCCAGUUGUUGGACAUGCUGAAGUUCUACACAGGCUUUGAGAUCAAUGACCAGACAGGAAAUGCCCUUACACAGAAAGAGAUGACUUCCCUGCACUAUGACAAAAUCAUCUCCCUGCAGAGGGCAGCCUUUGCUCACUUUCCAGAGUUGCAAGACUUUGCUCUGUCAAAUGUAGCUUCUGUAGACACUCGGGAAUCCCUGACCAAAUUCUUUGGGCAGCUCAGCCCCAAUAUGCUCCACCAGGUGGCUUCGUACCUGUGUCUGCUGCCAGAGCUGUCUGAAGGGCAAAACACCACCUAUGAGAGGGAGGUUCUCCUUGAGCUGUUGGUGUCGCGACAUGAGCGCAGAAUCUCUCAGAUUGAGCAGCUUAACCAGAUGCCCCUUUAUCCAACAGAGAAGAUAAUCUGGGAUGAGAACAUUGUCCCGACAGAGUACUACUCAGGCGAAGGUUGCCUGGCACUACCUAAACUGAAUCUCCAGUUCCUGACUCUCCAUGACUACCUGCUGAGGAACUUUAACCUCUUCCGUCUAGAGUCCACUUAUGAGAUCAGACAGGACAUAGAAGAUGUCAUUUGGCGUAUGAAACCAUGGCAAUCAGAGUAUGGUGGAGUGGUGUUUGGAGGCUGGGCCAGGAUGGCUCAGCCUAUCACCACUUUUUCCAUUGUGGAAGUUGCCAAGCCCAAUAUUGGAGAAAGUUGGCCUGCUCGUGUUCGAGCUGAUGUCACUGUCAACCUCAAUGUACAAGAUCAUAUCAAGCACGAGUGGGAAGGUCUACGGAAGCAUGAUGUUUGCUUUCUGGUCACAGUGCGACCAAUGCUGCUCUAUGGCACACGCUUUGACCGGCGCCAGUCUUUUGUUGAUCAGACUGGGCUGGCGUAUGUGAGGGGCUGUGAGGUGCAGGGCAUGCUGGAUGACAAAGGACGUGUCAUUGAAGAAGGACCUGAACCAAAGCCUAAGCUGCGAGGGGAUGCCAGAACAUUCCGGGUUUGGCUUGACCCAAACCAAUAUCAGCAGGACAUGACCAGCAGUAUUCAGAGUGGCACUGAAGACCCCUACGAGACUUUCAACAUCAUCAUGAGACGAAAACCCAAGGAGAAUAAUUUCAAGGCAGUGCUAGAGACCAUCAGACAUCUGAUGAACACAGAGUGUGUCGUGCCUGACUGGCUCCACGACAUUAUCCUUGGCUAUGGUGACCCAGGCAGUGCCCACUACUCCAAAAUGCCAAAUCAGAUAUCUGCAUUGGACUUCAAUGAUACCUUUCUGUCCUUGGACCACCUACAUUCAUGUUUCCCCGGCUGCACCAUAAAAGUCACUGAGGACAAUCCUGACCUUCAAGUCCCUCCUUUCAGAAUCAAGUUUCCCGUCUCAAACAAAAUAGACAAAGGAAAGAAGAGAAAAGCAGAUGAAGAAGUGGAAAACAAAGAGGAAGACACAACCUUGAUCGUCGAGCCCUAUGUCACUCCCAACCGUGGGCCAUAUCCCUACAACCAGCCCAAAAGGAAUACGAUUCAGUUCACUCCUACCCAGAUUGAAGCCAUCCGGGCUGGGAUGCAGCCAGGUCUCACCAUGGUUGUAGGACCACCAGGUACUGGAAAGACAGAUGUUGCAGUGCAGAUCAUCUCAAACCUCUAUCACAACUUUCCUGAGCAGAGGACCCUCAUCGUCACACAUUCAAACCAGGCUCUGAACCAGCUGUUUGAAAAGAUCAUGGCUCUAGACAUCGAUGAGCGUCACCUCCUGCGUCUGGGCCACGGAGAGGAGGAGCUCGAGACCGAGAAAGACUUUAGCAGAUACGGCAGAGUGAACUAUGUCCUAGCCAGAAGGCUGGAGCUCCUCAGAGAGGUUGGAAGGUUACAAGAGAGCUUAGAUGUCCCAGGAGAUGUUUCUUACACCUGUGAGACUGCUGGACACUUUUAUCUCUACCAGGUGAUCUCUCGCUGGGAACAGUACAUGAGCAAAGUCAGGCCUAAACAGGGCAAGGAUGUGGAGGUGGAGGCCGUAGCUGCCUUCUUCCCCUUCCACAAGUACUUCUCCAAUGCCCCCCAACCCGUAUUCAAGGGACGGUCAUUUGAGGAGGACAUGGAUAUAGCAGAGGGCUGCUACCGCCACAUCAAGAAAAUAUUUACCCAGCUGGAAGAGUUUAGAGCCUUUGAGCUGCUGAGGAGUGGACUGGACCGUUCCAAGUAUCUGCUAGUGAAGGAAGCCAAAAUCAUUGCCAUGACCUGCACACAUGCUGCACUGAAACGUCAUGACCUGGUGGAGCUGGGAUUUAAGUAUGACAACAUCCUGAUGGAAGAAGCCGCGCAGAUCCUGGAGAUCGAGACCUUCAUCCCUCUGCUGUUACAGAACCCAGAGGACGGCUACAGCAGGUUGAAGCGUUGGAUCAUGAUUGGAGACCACCACCAGUUGCCCCCUGUUAUCAAGAACAUGGCCUUCCAGAAGUACUCCAACAUGGAGCAGUCUCUCUUCACACGAUGUGUGCGCCUGGGGGUGCCCACCAUUGAUCUGGACGCACAGGGCCGUGCACGUGCAAGCUUGUGUAACCUGUACAACUGGCGCUACAAACACCUCGGGAACCUACCUCAUGUCCAGCGACUGCCUGAGUUCCAGGUCCCCAACCCUGGCCUAACCUUUGACUUCCAGCUCAUUAAUGUGGAGGACUUCAAUGGGGUGGGAGAAUCUGAACCCAAUCCUUACUUCUACCAGAACCUGGGCGAGGCAGAGUACUGUGUGGCCCUGUUCAUGUACAUGCGUCUGCUGGGCUACCCUGCUGACCGCAUCAGCGUCCUCACCACCUACAAUGGGCAGAAACACCUGAUCAGAGAUGUCAUCAACCAACGUUGUGCUGGCAAUCCCUUUUUUGGACAGCCCAACAAGGUGACGACAGUGGACAGGUUCCAGGGUCAGCAGAAUGACUAUAUCAUCCUCUCACUGGUCCGCACCAAGGCUGUGGGACACCUCAGGGAUGUGAGGCGUUUGGUGGUGGCCAUGUCAAGAGCCAGACUGGGUCUGUACAUCUUUGCCCGAGUAGCACUGUUCCAAAACUGCUUUGAACUGACUCCAGCCUUCAACCAGCUCACUGCCAGACCCCUGCAGCUGCAUAUCAGACCACACGAGUACUACGGCCAGGAAAAGCCCAGAGAUGCCUCAGGGCAGCCUGACCAAAUUCUCAAGAACAUGCCAGAGAUGGCCAACCUGGUGUACAAUAUGUACAUGCACAUGAUCCAGACAUCCCAGAAGCACAGACAGCAGCAACAGCAGUCGAUGGCUUUGCCUCCGCAACAAACAAAGACAGCUGCUGCAGUCGAGAAGGCACCAGCGAGUUCCGAGGACCAGCAGGAAGAAACACCCAUGGAGCAGGAAAAGCCAGAAGGAGAGGCGGCGAGCUCUGAGCCAAAGUCUGAGGACACCAGUCAGAAGGAGGAAAAUACUCCGAGCCACGCGAAGAUGCCGGAGCAUCCCGGACGAGACAGUGACAGCGAAGAAGAGGAGGGUGGCGAAGAUCAGGAGAAGUAAAGAAUCUUCAUAUGGGACUGCUGUUUAAAUUUAACAUGCCUCAGCUAUUGAAGGGACCAGGGACUGUCCUAAAGACAAGAGGUAGUGAUUCUGAAUUUUUCUAGUGUCAGAAGCUAAUGAUGUCUCAUUUUCUACAACAUUCAGUUUUGUAUUAAAAAAAAAAAAUGAAAAACCUUCAUUGUCCGUGACAUGUUUUUAAGAACAUUUGCACCUUGAGGUCUCUAAUCUUCAGACCUCACACACUUACAGACAAACACAGUGUAAAAGUUGAUAUGAUAUGUAUAAGCCAUGUUAAAUUGCUGUCAUGACACUUCUAUCCAUUUAUCUGUUUCCCUUCUCUGAUUAAAACACAACUCAGAUCUGA